AUGGGACUUGCCCGCUCCCUGGCCGUCGGGCUACUUUGCUCCCUACCCCUAUUCAACGCUGUGUUGGCUGCACCAACAGCACCCAAUCCUGCUGCCCCGCGGUCCGCCAUCGCCAUCAAGCUCAACCAGUCGGCCUCCCGCGCCAGGUCUGUGGUCGGGGCCGAUGUCGUCGAAGAUCUGAUCCGCAAGGCGCAGUCAGGCUCCACGCACGCAAAGCGCGAUGCCCAGUUCAGCGUCUUGCCGCUCAUCACGACGCUGACCCCCGAGAAAAUCUCGGAGAUGGUUCAGCGCGCCACGGAGCUGAACCCCAACUACAAGCCGGCCGACUUUGGCUCCUGGUUCCAAGUCCAGUUCCCGGACUCCACGGCGGACGAGGAUGAGUCUGAGAUUGGGGAGAUCUUUAUGAGCGACAACACAAUUGGCGGUGUUGGGAUUGCCCACGGAGCCGAGGGUCAUGUCGUCGGCGUCCAGCGCACCGUCGGAGGAGGCCCGGUCGAGAACGAGGCCGAGGCCAUCAUGGACGCGGCCGCCUACCUCAGCGCCGGCGAUGUGAUGCUCUUGGAGAUGCAGACAGGCGAUGCUGCCGGCAACAGCUGGCCGGUCGAGAUCCUCGACGCCCAGUUCGACGCCAUCAGCCUGGCCACCUCCCUAGGCAUCAUCGUCAUCGAGCCCGCCGCCAACGGCGCCCAAGACAUGGACCAGCCCGUCCUGCGCAUCGGCGAGACCACGGCGCUCGCCCUGCUCAACAGGGACAGCGCCGACUUCCGCGACUCGGGCGCCAUCGUGGUCGGCGCCGGCUCUUCGGCGGCCCCCCACUCUCGGCUGUCCUUCUCCAACUACGGCAACCGCGUGGAUGCCUACUCGUGGGGCGAGAACAUCGCGACCUCUACCGUCAACGCGGACGACCAAAACGAUGAUAUCUAUGACUACUUUGACGGCACGUCGGGCGCGUCGCCCAUCGUGGCCGGCGCCGCCCUCAUCAUCCAGGGCAUCGUCAACGUCAACCGCGGCACCAAGCUGACGCCCGCUGAGAUGCGUAGCCUCAUCACCGUGGGCGGGACGGCUUCGGCUGACCCGUCGAGUGACAAGAUUGGUGUGCAGCCGGACUUGAGGGCUCUUAUUGAUGGGGGGCACUUGGAUUAA